CUUUUUCAGGUAGGUAAUUUCAAUACCGCGGGUAGGGUCUGUUAAGUGGACCUUUUUAACAGAGGUUAACAGAGGUUAACUGUGCAACCGAACACGCCCUAAUGUCUAGGCCAGUCUAACUCGGCAUGCCGAACAUACCUAGUUUGACAGCGGAAUUAUCACGUGAUCAUCACGCUAAUUUUGACCGCCUUCACUCAUCAUCAUUGCAUUUCUUUAUCACUCUCGUCAGCGCCCCGUUUACCCUGGAAAGUUGUCGGUCCAGUUUACUCUUUAUAUUUUUGUUAAGAAAACACAUUUCUUGAUUUCGUAUCUGACCUGUGCUCCCUAUUUUUUGAACGUACCAAACGCUUUACUCGUUUUAAAAUGAACACGGAAGUCGCCGCCCUUGAGGCUGAAGUGAAGGAAUUCAAGGUACAGCUCGAGGCAGUUCAAUCGAGUUUGCAGGUAGAUCCAGAUAAUGCCGAACUGCAGGGACUGAAGACUGAACUUGAAGAAUUCAUAUCCCUCACGGAGCAAUCCAUUUCAGAGCUACGACCUGUGCCGCAGAAAUCGAAACCCUCAUCUCCUCCCGCUAAGGAAAAAUGGUCGAAAGAGAACCAUCCAGCAUACCAAGCGGGUUACCGAAAACCGACUGUUGAGCCCGCUCCGCCCGAAGAACCCCAGCCCUCGCCUCCUGUAUCAUUCUCCGUAAACGACAACGUCCUAGCCCGAUGGGCGUCGGGAGAUAACUCAUUCUAUCCGGCUCGCAUCACAUCCAUAACCGGCUCAUCCACCAACCCCAUCUACAUAGUUUCCUUCAAGUCAUAUGGGACCACUGAAACCCUAACGUCCAGGGAUAUUAAACCCAUCACUGAAACGCGAAAACGUAAGGCUGAUGGACUAUCAGGCUCCACAUCCCCACAGGCUCUUCCUGCCAAUUCUAGCGUGAUUUCUGCUGCGGCGGAUAUCAACCCGGCUCUGGCCACCCAGGCGCGCAAGGAGCCAAGCAAACCAGGCGAUGGCCCAACGCGCCCAGCGAAGAUGCCCCGGAAAGUCAGAGCCAAUAAGGAACUGGAGGCUGGCAAGAGCAAAUGGCAGGACUUCGCGGCUAAGAGCAAGUUAGGAAAGGUUGGGAAGAAGGAGAGCAUGUUUCGGACUCCUGAAGGGAUCAACGCACGAGUUGGCUUCACUGGCUCUGGCCAACAGAUGCGCAAAGAUCCAACGAGAAGCCGGCAUAUCUAUCAACAAGCCGAAGACGACUAUUGAUUUUAAGUCUUAUUUCUCAUACGUUUGGCUCGACAUGGGUGUUCUCAGGCGCUAGAUAUGGGGGACUUCUUUUUACCAUUUUUUUUUUGUUGCUCAGACAUACCUCUUUUCACUUUCCCCGGUCUCCUUUGCCUUUUCUGACGAGGACUUGUCUUUUAUUACUUUACACUCUCAUCGCUAACUUCGUAUCAUGGUCUCUCGAGCAGAUUCCUUACUGUGUUACCAACCAAUCCGAUGGCAGGGAAGGGGUCAUUGACAUUAAAUAUUCGACCAGAUUCCUUUUCUUGCUUUUCGAAGGCGUUUUCAAAUAAAGGGUAUUCAAUUCGUGCGUUCUCGAUAGGUGGCAUUUGUAACCCCCCUUCCAAAACCUUUCCCAUAUCCCGUGUUUUGUUUUUGUUUUAAUUUAAUGAAUCUAUCUGAUCAAAUGAAAAUGCAAUGGAAUUUUUCUAGUCAGACCCAUAUGCUGCAAUGACUGUUCCUGGGCUUAUCACGGGCCUGGCGGAGCAGGGCUAUUCGAGUUGCUUGUGAAAAACCGAAGCUUAUAUAGCCUGUACUUUGACGGUGAACCAAUCUGGAUAUGUAUGAUACGUAGGUAGUCAAAACUUCAAACUAGCGCAUAUAGAAUAAACAAUGCAUAGUCAGAUAGUCACAUGAAUUACUUGGAUAUGUGAAUUCUGUUGACUGCGUAUGCAAUCUCAUAGUUCUCAUAGUCCUAAGUGGACGUAACCAUUACGCUCACUAAACGGUAAUCCUCCUUUCAUGCGACCUCGUCCACUCACUUGGUAUAUCAUUAGUAGUUCAUUGAAUCCGCCACCAGUAGCCAUGACAUCUCCACAUCCAUCUCCAACUUUGUCUAGGGAACCGGCCACUGGCUGGGCCAGGAAAGACGUCCUGAAAAGGUCUGACGCGAA